AUGAAUACCAAUUGUGACGGCCUCACCCUGCCCCCUGGUGGCCUCUUGGAGCGCUUCCCCCUGGUGGCCUCUUGGAGCGCUUCCCCCUGGUGGCCUCUUGGAGCACUGCCCCCUGGUGGCCUCUGGGAGCGCUGCCCCCUGGUGCGCUGCCCCCUGGUGGCCUCUUGGAGCGCUGCCCCCUGUUGGCCUCUUGGAGCGCUGCCCCCUGGUGGCCUCUUGGAGCGCUGCCCCCUGGUGGUCUCUUGGAGCGCUGCCCCCUGGUGGCCUCUUGGAGCGCUGCCCCCUGGUGCUGAGUCGGCAGUGACGGCCCCCUGGUGGUCUCUUGGAGCGCUGCCCCCUGGUGCUGAGUCGGCAGUGACGGCCCACCUGAAUAGCUUCAGUAUUCAGCAGAAUGGCCUCUGCAUCCCUCCCUGUUCUGAAGAGAACUUUUCGUGUCCCAUCUGUCUGGAGGUGUUAAGCUGCCCAGUUUCUACACCAUGUGGACACAACUUCUGUAGAGCCUGUAUUGAAACAAGCUGGAGAGGCAAAUCCUCCUACAAAUGUCCUCUUUGCAAUAAGUGUUUCAAAAAAAGACCUGAUUUACAGGUCAAUUUCCUAGUCAAAGAUCUGGCUGAUCAGAUUAGAUCAAACUUACAAGUGAAUGAGCAACACUGUGCUAAACCAGAAGACUGGACGACGGUGGAGGUCUGUCCUCAGCCAGACGUACGGACCGUGAGCAGAGGCCAGGACCAGCUGGAGGAGACGCUGAACGUGAGGACGGAGAACCCACGAGACCUGAAAGCAGCCCUAGAGAAGUAUGCCUGUGAACUCACCCUGGACCCAAACACGGCCCACAGAGGACUCUCUCUGUCUGAGGACCACAGGAAGGUGAAGUGGACUGGAAUCUACCAGUCGUAUCCGGAUCACCCAGAGAGAUUUGAUUCAUGGCCCCAGGUGUUGUGUAGAGAGGCUCUGACUGGCCGCUGUUACUGGGAGGUAGAGUGGGAAGGACGUGUUGAUGUAGGAGUGACAUCCAGAGGAAUCAUUAGGAGAGGAGGGGGUGGUGACAGCGAGCUUGGAUGGAACAAUAAUUCUUGGAGUCUUUGUUGUGGUAGGGUAACAGUCAUACAACUCUCCCCCGCUGGCUCCACCAGAGUAGGAGUGUAUCUGGACCGGCCUGCUGGCUCUCUGUCCUUCUACAGAGUGUCCCCAGGUGGAGGAGGGUCCUCAGACACACUGACACACAUCCAAACCUUCCAGUCCACCUUCACCCAGGAUCUCUGGCCAGGUUUUUUUUUUUAUGCUAAUCACUACUGUUAUACUGACAUCCUGACAGUAGGGUGCGCUGUUGGCCUGGGCUGCUGCUUCGGCACUCCUCUGGGAGUUGAGACGGCCUGUCUGUCCCUCCACCUCACAGCCGGGUGGGAGGAGGAGUACACGGCCAGGGUUGACCUGCAGGAGAAGAUGGCUGAGCUGGAAGAUGACCUGCAGGAGGGCGAGGUGUACCAGGAUGAGCUGACGGUGCGCGUGAAGCAGCUGAAGGCGGAGCUCGUCCUCUUCAAAGGCCUCAUGAGCAACAACCGCUCGGAGCUGGACAGUGCGAUCCAGGAGAAGGCCAUGAAGGUGGACAUGGACAUCUGCCGCCGCAUCGACAUCACAGCGCGCCUCUGUGACGUCGCCCAGCAGCGCAACUGUGAGGAUAUGAGCGCCAUGUUCCAGGUGGCCACGCCCCCCUCCACUCUGACCCACCGGCACAAGAGGCAGAGCAUCCAAACAGCCAAGGCCGUGGACGGAGAGGAGCCAAUCAGCAGGUCUGAGAGCGAGGGCGGUACCUAUGAAGACGACUCCUGCAGUACAUCAGCCAAUCAGAUCAACGAGGAGAUGCAGAGGAUGCUGAAUCAGCUGAGGGAGAGUGGGUUUGAUGAUGACUGUGACAGUCUGGCCUGGGAGGAGACGGAAGAGACUCUGCUGCUGUGGGAGGACUUCCCUGGUUACACACACACCGAGCAGCAGGAGGAUUCAAUCGAGGAGGUGAUCAAGGACACGGAGUCACUGUUCAAAACCAGAGAGAAGGAGUACCAGGAGACCAUCGACCAGAUAGAGCUGGAGCUGGCGACGGCCAAGAGCGACAUGAGCCGCCACCUCCACGAGUACAUGGAGAUGUGCUCCAUGAAGAGGGGGCUGGACGUCCAGAUGGAGACCUGCAGGAGGCUCAUCACCCAGACCGGGGAGCCCAGGAAGUCCCCCUCGCUGUCUCUGGGGGAGGAGCCUGAGGACCGGAGGCGGCCGGACCCCGCCGGUGUGGACCGCUACGUGGACCUCCGCCCUUACGCACCUGUGCCCCCUCUCACCUGGCGGAAACCCUAGCCCCGCCUCCCGGGCCUAGCCCCGCCUCCCCGGCAUGACCCCGCCCCCUUCCAUCAGGCCACGCCCCCAGCACACCUGUCCGCACCACACCUGGUUCCUGUCCAUACUGUGAAGAUGAUGUUCGGUAACCAUGGUUACUGGUUACAACAUUCCCUUUCCCUUUUUGAACCCAGCUGAAAUGGGUUUGGUUCCUGUAAAUUAAUCAUCAAUUAUGAAAUAAUCGCUAUAGUAGAAGAAAAAACCUUUCCUGGUCAAAGAUCUGCCCCCCUGUGGCGGGAGAUCGCUACUACACCUCAAGGAGGCUCAGAAACACCCUGGCUUAGACGCUUGACCCCACAUCGUGAUGUCAGACAAGGCUGCUCUGAUCAACGACGAGGUUUGGCCACGCAGAGCAAGGUCCCCUCAUGAAGAACUUUAGAGAACGGGGAGAAACUGACAUUGAGAGGAACGGCAUGUAACUGCACAGCAGGGAGCUAUCUCCCCUUUCUCCUCAGUGAUGUGCUGUUGGUCUUCUGUGAUGUUGGAGGUCCUGUUCUGAACCCUCUGUUACUCCCAUGUGGGCCUACUCACAUGAUGCUGUGUACGUAUAAUAAGAGUAUAGAGAGCUGGCGAAUGGCGCUGUGCUUCCCAAACGGAUAGCUGACGAUGUUUUAGCGGAUUUGGUGCAUCCAACAAAUCUGAAGAGAUCGGACUUGAAUCCCCGGUUCAACCUGCUGUCUGAAGAACUGUGGGAGAAACAAUUAGCUCGGACAGACGUUGUUCCUGGCUAGCAUGAGCGGAAUCUGGCUGAUACUUAAUGCCGAUUUUCAUCACAAAUAUUAAAGAAAACGCUUCAAGGAAAUGACAACGUUGAUUAACACGUGAAGAAUACAACCUGGAUUUAAACAUGAAGAAUACAACAUGGAUUUAAACGUGAAAAUUAUAGACUGGACAUACAGUUCCACAACAUGGCCGCAGGAGCUUCGGAACAAAUCGUUAAAUCGAUUUGAUAGUUCUAUUUAUUUUCUCAGAUUAUCCAUUACUGAUGUAACUUGUUACGUUUGUCAAGUUUACUCUGAGCUGAAACUUUUUUUUGCACUGUAAAGAAUACUGUCAGAAAAGAUGAUCUAUUUUUGAGGAGGAACUUGUAUAUAUUUGGAGAGGAAGCCAUUUCAGAGCUAGUGCACUAGGGUAUACCCGCUGUAACGCAGUAUUGACACAAUGCCUUCAGAAGCCUCCUGACGUCAAGAGCGGCUCUGGUUGUGAGGCUAGCAUGUUGUGUGCUUGGCUGACUGUCCAGAUUCACGCUGCGCAUAUAUUAGGGUUUGUAGUGGUUUUGUGGACAAAAAACAUUGUGAUCUCAGAAGGUUUUGUUGCUAAACCCUUAGAGCUUCUUAUCGUACGGUCAUGCACUGCAAAGAAGAAGCACACAUUUUGAACAUUGGCACAUUUUUCUCUCUUCAUUUUAUUUUAUUGUACCGGCAGCAGGGAACAGGUCGGUCCACCAUUUUGUAAAGUAUACGAUUGCACGGACUGCAUUAAGGACAGAAAGAACCUUCUGAACCCUCGGGUUCACCUUAAUACUCACGAGCAAUAUUGUCAAAGUGUAAAUAUUAAGGCUGAACAAACUUCCAGAGCUAUAACUAUAACCGCAUUAUGAAUUCACCCCCAACACUCACUCAGUCAUGGUAUUACCUGUACAUGGUAAUUCACUCAACACUCACUCAGUCAUGGUAUUACCUGUACAUGGUAAUUCACUCAACACUCACUCAGUCAUGGUAUUACCUGUACAUGGUAGUUCACCCCCAACACUCACUCAGUCAUGGUAUUACCUGUACAUGGUAAUUCACCCUCAACACUCAGUCAGUCAUGGUAUUACCUGUACAUGGUAAUUCACCCUCAACACUCACUCAGUCAUGGUAUUACCUGUACAUGGUAAUUCACCCUCAACACUCAGUCAGUCAUGGUAUUACCUGUACAUGGUAAUUCACCCUCAACACUCACUCAGUCAUGGUAUUACCUGUACAUGGUAAUUCACCCUCAACACUCACUCAGUCAUGGUAUUACCUGUACAUGGUAAUUAUCUCAACACUCACUCAGUCAUGGUAUUACCUGUACAUGGUAAUUCACCCUCAACACUCACUCAGUCAUGGUAUUACCUGUACAUGGUAAUUCACCCUCAACACUCACUCAGUCAUGGUAUUACCUGUACAUGGUAAUUAUCUCAACACUCACUCAGUCAUGGUAUUACCUGUACAUGGUAAUUCACCCUCAACACUCAGUCAUAGUAUUACCUGUACAUGGGGGACAUUCUUAGAAUCAGGGUAACUGAGUGUCUGUUCUUUUGUAUUUAUUAUAAAAAAGGUAAACAAGCAGUUAAAGGUUGAACUGGUUAAAGUUAUUAAUCGUGGGUCUUGGAUGCAAAUGAAAUCACAACGAUCUUUGCCAAGAUAACGUGCGGUUUAUUGUUUUGUGUAAGAGUGCAUCUUUCUCUUGAAUCUUUGUGGCUUGAAAACUUGCAACACGUAGCCUAGCUUCCAGUGCUUCGCCGCGGCCGUACCCCUAGUCACUAGCCCUGGCUAAAGGGAGGUUAAGGUUAGCAUGGGGCCCCCUCCCUCAGUACAACGCCCGCUCUGUACCUAGGAAACACUUCAACGCAGGACACACUAACAAUAUUUAUCUUGGGGGGGGGG